AUGUGUGNGGUUAUCUGGAACGUAAAAAUGUGGAAGGAAGUAUAAUACUCAUAACGGGUGCAGGGAGUGGUUUGGGACGUGAACUAUCGAAGCGUUUAGCGAAGAGUCGACCUCGACUGGUUUUAUGGGAUAUGAAUGAAACGGGUGUGGAGGAGACUGCAAAAAUGUGCCGAGAAUUCGGCGCUGAGUGCUACGCUUAUGUGGUGGAUGUAAGUAAUCGAGAGAUGGUUUACAAAACGGCCGAUUUAGUGAAGAAAGAAGUUGGUGAUGUCGAAAUUCUAAUAAAUAAUGCUGGUAUUAUUAAUCAA